GCCCUUGCUAAACUAACCCUAAACCGAUUGCCGUCGCCAUCCGCGUUCAUCCAGGGCAUUCUUUGCCGUUAAGCAAGCGACACCCCGAGGCAGGGGCGGAGAAGGUCUCGCGAUCGCAAGGGGACGAGGAUGAUCAUAGUUCUCUAGCCCUGCCCGUUUCUGCCGCUUCAGAUUUGGGGAUUCGGUUGCGAGUUGCGACCGGAGCGUUGGAUCGACGCAAUGGUGGGGGUGCUGUCGAAUCGGGUGUCCCGGGAGGAUAUCGCCGCCGGGGAUCACAUCUACUCGUGGAGGUCCGCCUACAUCUACGCCCACCACGGGAUAUACACCGGAGAUGGCAUGGUUAUCCAUUUCACCAGAGCAGCCGGGCAUGAAAUCGGGACAGGAACAUUCAUGGACAAGUUUCUGUUUAGCUCCUCUCCUGCAACGGGGGACGGCCCUCCCUGCGAGAAAUGCGGCCACCUUGUCAAGGCUGAGGGAGUCAUAAUGUCCUGCCUUGAUUGCUUCUUGGACGGUGGCAGUCUCUACCUCUUCGACUAUUCCGUGUCGCCCACUUUCUUCCUCGCCAAAGCACGAGGAGGAACGUGCACCAUGGCCCCUUCCGAUGCUGCUCAUGUUGUCGUCCACCGUGCCCAGCACCUCCUCAACAGCGGCUUUGGCAUGUAUAGUCUGUUCAAGAACAACUGUGAGGACUUCGCCAUAUAUUGCAAGACGGAGCUGCUUAUCGAGACUGCUUUUAGCCUUGGGCGCAGCGGGCAGAUGGCGUCCCUUUAUGCUGGGUUCAGCGCGGUGGCUUCUUCACCGCUGCGUUUCAUGACAACCAGUGUUGCUGGUCUGGCUGUUGUGACGAGCAGCAUGUACUGUGUGGGGCGAUAUGUGUCAGACAUGGGCGUUCGCCGUGAUGUGAUCAAGGUGCCUGUGGAAAGGCUUGUGGAGCACUGGGUGCAGAAUGUUACUCUUGCUCCUGCUCCAUCUCAAGCGACCGUGCAGGCGACUCAGACGGACGCUGCAGCACCAGGAGACUCGCCGGAGCUGCUAAAGGAGCUUGCUAAAAAAGAAUGUGUUAUUUAGCUAUGGUGCUGUCAUUGGUCGUUCUAGCUCUGUGAUGAUUGUCUAUCUGACUUUGUGAUGAUUUGUUGUUCAAUUCCCUUACUAGCGUGUGGCACACACGUCUUCGUGUAAAUUAAUCUACCUCUGAAAGAGGUAACAGGACCCUACUUGCUUGUAUGGAAUGCUACACGAUGAGAAGUGGAAACAUUUAGCCAAGAGUCAACCUUGAAAUUCCCUUUUCUUGUAUUC